CCGGCUCUCCCACACUCAUCGGUUUCACGGUUUCACCCUCACUCCGUUAUCACACUUUCUCUCUCUAAAUUCUCUCUCUCUCUAGAUUAUCGCUCUAGAAUCUAUCGCCAUGGAAGGUGCUUUAAUCGAAGACGACGAUGCUGAUGUUCUCUCAUCACCGAGUACCGCCUCUUCGUACCGAAAACUGCACUGUUACAGUGAAAAUUUGGGGCUCGGAAACGAAGAAGAAGAAGAAGAAGAAGAAAAUCAUCUACACAGAGCGGUUAGGCAAUUUAGUCUCAACGAAGAUCAAGGUAGUCAUCGUAGUCCCAAAGUGUUUGAUCGGUUCGACGAUUCGUCGUCGGAAGAUGAGUUCUGUUCGGCCGGAAGUUCUGGUUUCGAGAAUGGGAUUGUCCAGAGCGCCGGCAAGCGGCUCGAUUACAUGAUCCAGUUCUUGGAUCGAAAGCUCUCGUCGCCGAAUAACGAUGAUCAGAAUGGGCCAGAUUCCAAUCGUCGGGCUCUGCCGGAGUUCGUAGCCCGCGGUGGAGGAAGCGGGAUCUUCAAGGUUCCGCUUCGAGCCGCCGUGCAUCCCGGACGGCCGCCGAGUCUUGAAUUGAGGCCUCACCCGCUCAGGGAAACGCAGAUUGGGAGUUUUCUGAGGACUCUGGUGUCGACGGAGUCUCAAUUGUGGGCGGGUUCGGAGUGUGGAGUGCGAUUCUGGAAGUUGUCGGAUGUGUACAGGAAUGGGACGAAGGAGACAAUGACUCGUCGUGGAGAUGAGGAGGCGGCUCCAUUCUGCGAGUACGUUCGCACUUCGCCGACCCUUUGCUUGAUUGCGGAUGUUGCAAAUGGGGUGGUGUGGAGUGGGCACAGGGAUGGGAAGAUUAGGUCGUGGAAGAUGGAUCAGUGUUCAGAUGGGUCUCCUUUCAAGGAAGGCUUCUCAUGGCAGGCUCAUCGUGGUGCUGUUUUUUCCAUUGUCAUGACAUCUUAUGGUGAUUUAUGGUCGGGUUCUGAUGGUGUAAUUAAGAUCUGGCCAUGGGAGGCCAUUGAAAAAUCUCUUUCUCUGACAAUGGAGGAAAGGCACAUGGCUGCUUUAUUGGUGGAGAGAUCAUACAUUGACCUUAGGAGCCAAGUCAAUGUGAAUGGUGGCUGUAACAUAUUCUCUUCAGAUGUAAAGUAUAUGUCAUCUGAUCAUUCUGGAGCAAAAGUGUGGAGUGCUGGGUGUCUGUCAUUUGCAUUGUGGGAUGCUCGUACAAGGGAGUUACUGAAAAUGUUCAACAUAGAUGGUCAAGUUGAGAACAUGUCACUAAUACAAGAUCCAAUGGAAGACGAGGUGAAGGUGAAGUAUUUUUCUGGUUCAAAGAAGGAGAAAGCACAAGGUUCCUUCAGUUUCUUUCAACGCUCACGUAAUGCUUUACUGGGAGCAGCUGAUGCUGUUCGUCGAGCUGCAGUGAAGGGAGCUUUUGGAGAUGAUAACAGGAGAACUGAAUCACUGAUUACUACUAUUGAUGGAAUGAUUUGGACUGGGUGUUCGAAUGGAUUACUUGUGCAGUGGGAUGGAAAUGGAAAUCGUUUGCAAGAGUUCCAGUACCAUUCUUUUUCUGUUCAGUGUUUUUGUACGUUUGGGUCACGAAUAUGGGUAGGUUAUGUGAGUGGCACGGUCCAGGUGUUGGAUUUCGAUGGUAAUCUACUUGGAAGUUGGGUAGCUCACAACAGUCCUGUAAUAGAUAUGGCUGCUGAGGCUGGUUAUAUUUUCACUUUGGCUAAUCACGGUGGUAUACGAGGAUGGAAUAUAACAUCUCCAGGAUCUGUUGAUAGCAUAUUGUGUUCAGAAUUAGCUGGCAAAGAAUUUCUAUAUACAAGGCUAGAAACCUUAAAAAUAUUGGCCGGUACAUGGAAUGUUGGACAAGGAAGAGCCUCUCAUGACUCUCUUAUAUCCUGGCUUGGUUCUGCAGCUGUGGAUGUUGGCAUUGUGGUUGUUGGAUUGCAGGAAGUAGAAAUGGGUGCUGGCUUUCUUGCAAUGUCUGCAGCAAAAGAAACUGUAGGUCUUGAGGGGAGUGCUGUUGGGCAGUGGUGGCUGGAUGCGAUAGGGAAAAUUUUGGAUGAAGGAUCGACCUUCGAACGGGUUGGUUCCAGGCAGCUGGCGGGCUUGCUCAUUGCUGUGUGGGUCAGAAACAAUAUUAGAGGUCAUGUUGGAGAUGUUGAUGUUGCAGCAGUUCCAUGUGGUUUCGGGCGUGCAAUUGGGAAUAAGGGAGCUGUUGGCUUGAGGAUGAGAGUUUAUGGUUGGAUAAUGUGCUUUGUAAACUGUCACUUUGCUGCACACUUAGAAGCUGUCAACCGUCGCAAUGCUGAUUUCGAUCAUGUAUAUCGAACAAUGAUCUUUAGUCGGCCAUCUAACUUGUUCAAUGCAACGGCUGCUGGUGUCUCAUCUGCCAUUCAAAUGCUCCGUGGCGCAAAUGCUGUGGGUAUCCACUCUGUGGAAGGGAUGCCUGAGCUAUCCGAGGCAGAUAUGGUUAUAUUUCUUGGUGACUUUAAUUACCGGCUUGAUGGUAUAUCUUAUGAUGAAGCGAGGGAUUUUGUUUCUCAACGAUGCUUUGAUUGGCUUAGAGAAAGGGAUCAGCUCCGAGCAGAAAUGGAAGCUGGGAAUGUCUUCCAAGGAUUGCGUGAAGCAGUUAUUAGAUUUCCUCCAACAUACAAAUUUGAAAGGCACCAAGCUGGUUUAGCAGGAUAUGAUUCUGGUGAAAAGAAGCGUGUUCCUGCCUGGUGUGACAGAAUUUUAUACCGUGAUAGCCGUGCAGCUUCAGCAUCUACAUGUUGUUUAGACUGUCCUGUAGUCUCUUCAAUUUCACAGUAUGAGGCUUGCAUGGAUGUGACAGAUAGUGAUCACAAGCCUGUCCGUUGCGUAUUUAGUGUUGAGAUCGCUCGAGUAGAUGAGUCUGUGAGAAGACAAGAGUUCGGAGAAAUUGUGGCAUCUAAUGAGAAAAUCAGGCGUAUGCUUGAAGAACUAUGCAAGGUUCCGGAAACAAUUAUAAGUACGAACAAUAUAAUCCUUCAGAACCAGGAUACAUCCAUUUUGCGUAUAACUAACAAAUGUGGGGUAGACAACGCAUUGUUUGAAAUCAUUUGUGAAGGUCAGUCCACCGUUAAGGAGGAUGGACAAGCAUCCAAUCAUCAUCCAAGAGGUUCUUUUGGCUUCCCUCGAUGGCUUGAGGUCAGUCCAGCUUCUGGCAUUAUUAAACCAGGUCAUAUUGUGGAGAUUUUAGUUCAUCAUGAGGACUUCCAAACCCUAGAGGAGUUUGUUGAUGGUAUCCCACAAAACUGGUGGUGUGAAGACAACAGAGAUCAGGAAGUUAUACUGGUGGUUAAGGUGCGCGGCAACUGCACUACAGAGACAAGAAAUCACCGUGUCCGUGUGCGCCACAGCUUCUCGGCCAAGACCAUGCGUAUGGAUCACAAACCCGACACAAGCCGUGUCCAAGCAAAUGUCCUUCACCGGUCCGAUUUUCCACGACUUAGCUCUUCAUGUGAUGUGGUGGACCACUUGCGGAAUUUGCAUAGUCCUUGAAACAGUAAAGAUAAUGUCAGCACUGAAAUCCAUAUUUGAUGAUGGGAGGCAUGCAUAACUGAGUACUAAUCUGUCUAGCUGAAGUAUCCUCUCCUCUAUAUAAUUCUUCUGCGCAAGCUUCCUGAUGUAAAUAUGUGCAGAGCCAUUUUGCGCUAUCUUGGAAUGAAUUUGAUUUAUUGUAGUAGCGUUUUCAUCAAGAAACGUUGCACAUUCGGACUGACAACAUCACUCCGAAUGUUCAUAGCAAAAUUAAAUGCCCCGAGCAGCAAUAAUUGGGUGACCAUUGAGCUGUGGCUAAGCUGGUAUCAGAUCUCAAGUAACCUCAAAUUUUGAGGUGAGGAGUUCAAAGCUGAGAAGAGCUGGAUUUAGCAUGUCCAAAAUUCAUUUACCUUUUGAAUUUCUUGUAAAUUAAAUAGUUAAAAAAAAAAAAAUAGAGGGAGGGACAGCUGUUUGAAAAUUUUCCAUUUUUUUAGUAUUCAAAAGUAAAUCAAAUUUUCUUUAUAGUGAAAAGUUGUGAUUGGUAGGAUUAUUCUUGAGAGUAAGUUGAGUAUUGAUCGUCUUCUUCAGUGAACUCCAUGCGCAAAACUUGUAUGUAUUUACUGAUGUUAAUGGUGUAUUACGUAGAUUCAAAUGUGUAA